UAGGAAAUGGAACCUUGAGUUUUGUGGUGAACCUAGCAUGCUAAUUUUAUUAGAGAAAUUAUCAUUGGGAAACCAAAGGCUGUUUCACUGGAAAUGCAAACUAUAAUGACUAAGGAGAGGCGAGAGCUAUAAAUUCAGGACCUCAGUUGCUCAUUUGACAUAUGCUUCCUAGUUCCUCGCCCAGCCACUUCUGUCUCUCUGAAAGCCGGAUUUCGCUGAAAUUAUCAUGAAUUCACUCGAGGCAGCAAACAUUCGGUUUGGGCUUGACCUUUUCAAAGAGCUGAAGAAGACAAGUGAUGGCAAUGUCUUCUUUUCUCCUAUGGGCAUCUCAACUGCCAUUGGCAUGAUCCUUCUGGGCGCCCGAGGGAGAACGGCCCGCCAGUUAGAGAAGGUGUUUUACUCUGAAAAAGACAUAGAAAGCUCAAGAGCAAAAGCUGAAGAAAAGACUGAGAAGACAGAAGAGAUACAUCACCAGUUCCAAAAGAUUUUGACUGCGUUAAACAAGCCCAGUAAUGAUUAUGAGCUGAGCAUAGUCAACAGGCUAUUUGGAGAGAAGACAUACCUCUUCCUUCAGAAAUACUUAGAUUAUGUUGAAAAAUAUUACCAUGCUACUCUGGAACCUGUUGAUUUUGUGAAUGAAGCUGAAGAAAGUCGAAAGAAGAUUAAUUCCUGGGUGGAAAAACAAACGAAUGGAAAAAUCAAGGAACUGUUUCCAACUGACUUAAUUAGCAGCUCCACCAAGCUGGUGUUGGUGGACACAGUUUAUUUUAAAGGGCAAUGGGACAGGGAAUUUAAGAAAGAAAAUACCAAGGAGGAGCAGUUUUGGCUGAAUAAGAGCACAAGUAAACCUGUGCUGAUGAUGGAGCAGCACCAUGCCUUUAACAUCACCUACCUGGAGGACUUGCAGGCCAAAAUUCUGGGAAUUCCAUAUAAAAGUAAUGACCUAAGCAUGUUCGUGCUGCUGCCAAAUGACAUAGAUGGUCUGGAGAAGAUUAUAGAUCGCAUAACUCCUGAGCAGCUGAUGGAGUGGACUAGCCCAGGGCAUAUGAAGGAGAGGAAUGUGAGCCUACAGUUGCCCCGGUUUGAAUUGCAGAAAACUUACAAUCUUGAGGACACCCUAGGUGCCAUGGGGUUAACGGACGCCUUCAGAGAGUCCCAAGCAGACUUUUCGGGAAUGUCCACCAGCUCCAGGCUGUACAUCCAGAAAUUCCUGCACAAGUCCUUCGUGGUGGUGACAGAGGAAGGCACCGAGGCUGGGGCUGCCACAGGCGUGGGCAUGACCGUGACCAUCACAUCAGCCCCUCUGUAUGAAAACUUCCACUGCAAUCAUCCUUUCCUGUUCUUCAUCAAGCACAAUGAGUCCAACGGUGUCCUCUUCUUUGGCCAGUUUUCUUCCCCUUAGGCCUGUCGUUUCCAUGGCAUUGCUGCUCUCAGAACAAGACCCCUGCUGGAGUAUUCCUAUGAUUCUGGACAUAGCCUGUUCUUUACAUAUUUUUUUGCUUCUUUGCAUUCCAACCUUGCUGUCAAAAUUGAUGAUUUAAUGACUGAAAUAGUGUGUGGGAGAUCUUGGGUGGCACAAAUGAUUAAACCAUCAUCUACUCACCGAAAGUUUGGCUCUUUGAACCCACCCACAAGUGCCUUGGAAGAAAGGCUUGGCAGUCUGCUUCCAAAAGGUCACAACCUUGAAAACCCUAUGAAGCACAGGUCUGCUCUGCACAUACGGGGUCACCAUGAGUCAGAAUCAACUCGAUGGCAACCAGCAACAACAAUGUAGUGUGUGUUUGUAAUUUUCCUUGAAAGUAAAAUAUCCUUUUGUUUGAUAUGUGUAAAGAGAGCCAAACAAAAUAAUGCAUUUGGCUCAUUAACCACCUUCCCUUGAAUUUUUGGGAAGUAAAUCAAUGUCUUAUUGUAGUUUUUUUGUGCAAGUCUUUGCAGUAAAGAGGACAGACUAGUGAUUUCAGGGGUCCCUCCAGUUCUGAUAUUUUGGGAUACUAAAAUACACAAAUAAAAUCAAACAAUAAUUUACUCAACUCGUGUGUUAAUUUUUAUUUCUAGUGGAUAUUGUGUUCAACUGCGCACAGAAAAGAGAAUUUAGAAACAAGUUAGUAAAACAUAAAUGAAAACAUAAGAGAUAAAAAAAAAAAUAGAACAGUAUAUCAGACAGAAGGGACUCCCCUCCCAUAUUUUCAUUCUCCGUUCCAACACUCAAAAGACAAAACAAAAUAAAACUGUAUACCAGACAGGGAAGAUACCCACCUUUUCAUCCUGCGUUCCAAGGGAGUAUAUUAUUCAUUGUCAGUUGCAUAAGCAUUUUUAUACCUGUGAAACAAACGUGGUAUUUGAGAAGCUAAAUGUUGUAGCCAAUUAACGUUCCUACCCUGUCACUUUUCUAGGCUUUGGAAAGUAAAUAUUUAGAACAACUUUUAGGGCAGUAAAUGUUUUCUUUCCCUUUUUUCCUUUCACGUAUGUUAUAGAUUGAA